AUGUACUUUUUGGUCAGAUGGCUGUGCAUCGGGAUCGUGCGGUCUUUCUUCAAAGAUGUAGCCGUCCUCCACCCGGAGCGAAUCCCUCUCUAUGGACCCGCGAUCUUCGUGGGUAACCAUAACAACCAGUUCAUGGACGCAUCGAUGCUGGUCGCGAACAUUCCGCGCCAAGUUCACUUCCUCGUGGCGCUGAAGAGCAUGAAGCGGCGAGUCAUCGGGUUCCUGAGUCGGCUCGCGGGCUGCAUUCCAGUCGAUCGCCAGGACGACCGCGCGACCAAGGGCCAGGGCGCAGCUCGGAUUUCGCACCACUUCACUGAAGAAGAUCACGUCUGUCCCUCGCCGCCUCAUCACCACCACCACCAGCGCGGGCGGCGCGCGCCGGAGGCCGUGCCCCCCGACCGCAGCGACGAAGAAGACAAGCGCGGCGCGCCUCCGCAGCCGCAGAAGAGAGCAGAAGUCAGCGGCCUCGCGACAGAGCCGAGCGCAGCCGAGCCCGACGCGGAAGCGCGACCGGAGGGGGGAGGGGGCAAGGCCGCGGGCGAGGCGGGGACGACGGAGGCGCCGCGAGGCGACAGCGGCGAGCCGCUCUCGCGCUCGCUGUCGCCCACCGCGUACCCUCGCCACCCCGUGAUGCCGCGCCAGGCCUCGCUGCCCGCCCUCAUGCUGCAGGCGAGCACGCCGGGCGGGGGGGGAGCAACGUCGCCUUCGCCGCCGCGCUCGGGAACCGCGCCGUUUGAAGCCAAGAACGGAGUAAAGCCGCCGAGCCUGGCGGGACUGCAGCUGCUGUCGAUCCUGGGGAGUCACACGCGCUUCCUCGCCGACGUGCGGCCGGGGUACAAGAUCCGCCUCGACGGCAAAGACUACCUCGUGCUCAAAGUUCUCUCCGACACGCACCUGGUCGUACACCCGCCCCAGGAUGAGACGCCCCGCCGCGGUCUCGACCGCAGCGACACCGGCGCGGAGGCAAAGCCGCCGCGGCGCGCGGACGGCCCGCAGGCGGCGAGCCUCGAGGACUCGGGGGUCCUGAGCGGCGAGGGCCUGAGGCGACGCCGAGCGACCGCGGAGCCCGACGGGAGAGAAGAAGGGCAGCGCGGCGAAGGCCUCGCUGCAGGCAGGCAGGAAGCGGAUCGCGCCGGGAAGGGGCCUGAGGCUGAGGGGGAACACAGGGCGGUGAACGGCAAGCAUGACCGCGUCGUCGCCGCGUCGUACAAAGAGUACAAGGGAGGCAGCCACGACCGGACCACGCUCUUGCCGCUGAAGGCGGGGGUGGCGAUCAUGGCGAUUCAAGGUGUCGCGGCAGGCGCCGAGGACGUGAUGAUCGUCCCAGUGGGCCUUAUCUACCACAACCCCCACAAAACGCAGUCUCGCGCCACCAUUCACAUCGGCGAGCCCAUCCCCAUUUCGCGGGAGUUGGCUAUUGAGUAUCAGCAGGACCGGCGGGCGGCCACCGCGCGCAUCCUGACAGACGUCGAACAGGGACUUCGCUCAUGCAUCAUCACGGCGCAGGAUCACGAGACAAUGACUCUCAUUCAUCUCUGCUGCUCUCUGUAUCCGCCCGAGCGGCUGCGCCUGUCGCCUGAGAUGCGCUUCAACUUGAACCAGCUGCUUUCCAAGCUCUUCUGGCGGUGCGCCGACGAGCCCGAGCUCUCGGCUUUGCGGCACGACUUGGCGCAGUACCAGGGUUCGCUGCAGCGAGCGGGCAUUCCGGACCACGACGUGUGGAUGUUGAAGCAAAGCACGUCGGGCGCGUCGCUCUGCUUCGCGGAGAAACUCAUCGCUCUGCUAUUCUCGAUUUGCCUCGGCGUUCCGCUGCUGCCGCUUUGGGGGCCGCUUCGCGUCAUCGCGUACUUCCUCGCAGAGCGCCACCGUGCGCAGGCCCUCGCCGCAAGUCGCGUGAAGGUCCGCGGCAUGGACGUCGUCGCGAGCUACAAGGUGAUUGUCCUGCUCGUCUGCGUUCCGCUUUUCAAUCUGCUCUACGGGGCGAUAUUCGGCGUCGUCUUUGGCUUGACCAUCGCGGAGACACUGGUGGCGAUGGUGCUGUGCGUCUGUCUUCUCCCUAUCGCGUACUACUUUAGCAUGCGCCACGCCGAAAAGAUCUUGCCGCUGAUUCGGCAAAUGCGCACGCUGAUCAUCGUCGUUAUUGGCAAAGUGAAUAUCUGGAGAGAGAACGAGAGGGAACUCAUCACGCAGCGAAUGGAACUCCAGUUUUCGCUGCGAGAGACGCUGAUGACGCUUGGCCCGCGCACCUCGCCGACGUUCAUGGAUGGGCUCUACUCAAUUGUUCCCAAGGUCGUUUUGCACGCCGACAUGAAGCGACUGCUGCGGCGGAAGGAAGAUUUCGCUCCGCUUCAAAUGAAGCGACUGAUGAACAAUGCCGAAGAAAUACUCUGA